AUGGCGGACCAAGCCGCCGCGCGCAACCGCCUCGUCGCCUUCAUCCGCGGCCUGAGCCCCGAGCAGGUUCUCGAACUCCUCCCCGACUCGACGGUCACACGCCUAUCCGAAAUUCUCACCGAGCACUCUGCUGGACAGAACGCCUCAAUCGUCUCUAGAGACGCUAGCCGGUUCGUUAGCGGUACUGCAGCGGCGGCCGCCGUCGCUGUUGCCACGCCGCCUAUGGUAGCGGCCCAGCAGGCAAGCCAAGAUGCAUCUAGCGUUGCGUCUGAUGACACGGACGUCAAAGUCGUCAAGGCAAAGCGUCCUUUGAAUGCCUUCAUUGCCUUUCGCAGCUACUAUAAAACCAUUUUCCUCAAAUCACCACAGAAAGAGGUUUCGUCGUACAUCACAGGUCUAUGGACUGGCGAGCAUUUUCGCAACAAGUGGGCUCUAAUCGCAAAAGUCUACUCCUUUGUCCGCGAUGAGCUUGACCAGACAGAUAUCAGCCUCAAAGAGUUCCUCGAGAUUGCCUGCCCCAUUAUGCUCGUUGUGCCUCCCGCCAACUACCUUGACGCCCUUGGGUGGGUUCGGGGUCACGAUGCCAGCGGUGCUUCCUUCAUUGUUCAAGACAAAACUGUCGCGCAAAAUCUCAUCACCGCCAUCGAAUCGCAAGACAGCCCAGACACAGAGCUGGAGCUUUUGCUUCGUUGCCUCGCCUCAGGAUACAUGACUGAUCACGCGGACUAUCUCGCUGCUAAACUCUCCGCCAAAUCAGAUGCCAUUAUGACGCCGACGCUGGUAGCUAGCAAUACUGCCGGACCUCGAGAGAGCAGUGCGACCGCGCGAAACGCCACCGCGGCUGCCACGGAGGCUUUCCAGGCAUCAUACUUCCAACCCAUGGUAUCGAGCGGCAUCGGUGGAAACUCGAACUUUGGCAUUUUGCAGGCCGAGCAGCUCAUGGCCCACGUCGCCGGCACGGAUCUCCAGAUGCAGGAUAUGGGAUUUACGGGCUAG